GGGGUCACUCUGAACAAUGGAACCAGGAUCCAAAGAUUCACACCAGCAACCCCUCAGCACAACCCCGGGAUCACACAGCGGGCGGUGAGGCACACGCAGCCAGGGUCCAGUUACCCAGAGACAGAGACAGAGACAGAGAGAGAGAGAGACAGAGAGAGAGAGACAGAGAGAGAGAGAGAGAGACGGAGACAGAGACAGAGACAGAGACAGAGACAGAGACAGAGACAGAGACAGAGACAGAGACAGAGACAGAGAGAGAGAGAGAGAGAGAGAGAGAGAGAGAGAGAGAGAGAGAGGGACAGAGGGAGCGGUCGAGUGACAACAGAAGUGCGUGAGGGACAGAGGGAUCGACUGCUGGAGAGGAGCAAGAGAGCAAGCUUGACAGCAGCAGAGGCGUUUGGAAGUCCAGCGGAGCGAAGCAGAGCGGUGGGAAGGAGCAGGGGGCCGACCCAGCAGCCAGGGGCCGGGGGCCGCAUCAUGCCGGCGGACACCCAGCAGCCGAGAGACACCACUGACCCACUGAACCCUCUGCAACAAGCGGUUCUCCGCCCGGGCCGACACAGGAAGCCCAUGACGCCCCACCGGAACACGGCGUCCAAGAGGAAGAGGGUGGUGCUGACGGUGCUGACCGUCAUCGUCGUGCUGGGGAUACUGGUCACAGCCGGCUACUUCAUCAAGCAGCUGAUUGACACCAAGUACUACUUCUGCAAGCGCUCCAUCAAGUUCAUCCCACUGGACAAGGCCUGCGAUGGGACCAGCGACUGCACCGACGGAGAAGAUGAGCUCACGUGCGUCUCCUCCUUCUCAGACAACACCACCUUUCCAGUGCGCCUCAUCACACCGGCCGGCGUUCUGCAGGUGUACAACGAAGGCGCCGGCUGGAGGAGUGUGUGCGGCGACGACUGGACCGAGAAGCACACGGCGACAACGUGCCAGCAGCUGGGAUACACACAGAACCCCCAGAGGACUGUUCUGUCAGUGACGGCCCUGGGGGCCUCCCUGAGCAAGGGGCCCUUCACAGCAGUCCAGUCCGGGACCGGAACCAGUCCCAUUCAGACGGCCACCAUCGACCGCACGGAGUGCAGAACCGGACAAGUUAUAUCACUCACCUGUUCAGACUGCGGCCAGGGAGGAUCCGAGGAGCGCAUCGUGGGCGGGACGGACGCCCUGAUCCAGGACUGGCCGUGGCAGGUGAGCCUGCAGCAGAACGGAGGGCACACCUGUGGCGGCUCGCUGGUGUCCCCGCGAUGGGUGGUCUCUGCGGCCCACUGCUUCACAGGGACUAAGAGGGAGGUGGGCCGCUGGCGGGCGGUGACGGGGAAGACGUACCUGAGCAGCCUCGGGGGCGCAACCGUCGACCGCAUCGUCAAGAACGGGCGCUACGGCGGCAACGACUACGACAUCGCCAUGGUGAGGCUCAGCAGCCCCCUGAGCCUGGGAGAGGGCCGCCGGCCGGUCUGUCUGCCUCCCAAAGACCUGGGUCUCAUAGCAGGAAGCCCCCUGGUGGUGACGGGAUGGGGGUACCUGGAGGAGAAAGGGAAGACGUCCGCGUCGCUGCAGAAGGCGAGCAUCCCCCUGAUCAGCAGAGAGAAGUGCUCCAGCCCCGCCAUCUACGGCUCCAACAUCACGCCCAGGAUGAUCUGCGCAGGCCUACUGCAGGGGGGGGUGGAUGCCUGCCAGGGCGACAGCGGCGGGCCUCUGGUGCGCCUCUCCUCGUCCCGGUGGCGGCUGGUGGGUGUGGUGAGCUGGGGGGUGGGCUGUGCCAGGCAGGGGAGGCCGGGGGUCUACAGCAACGUGGACCAGCUGCUGAACUGGAUCCACACCGUCAUGGAGGAGAACCAAUAAGAAGGGCCGAUGAACUCAGAACAGAGGGACGUUUCUUCCACGGAGAACAAAGCAUACCAAAUGACUCCUGCCCCAAAGCUAUUACUAUUACAUAUGCAAGUCCACGCUGACACACACAGACACCCCCACACUCACCCUAACCCUGGGUUAGAUGAUCCUCAGGUGACACACACAGACACCCCCACACUCACCCUAACCCUGGGUUAGAUGAUCCUCAGGUGACACACACAGACACCCCCUCACUCACCCUAACCCUGGGUUAGAUGAUCCUCAGGUGACACACACAGACACCCCCACACUCACCCUAACCCUGGGUUAGAUGAUCCUCAGGUGACACACACAGACACCCCCACACUCACCCUAACCCUGGGUUAGAUGAUCCUCAGGUGACACACACAGACACACGGACACCCCCUCACUCACCCUAACCCUGGGUUAGAUGAUCCUCAGGUGACACAGACACCCCCACUCACCCUAACCCUGGGUUAGAUGAUCCUCAGGUGACACACAGACACCCCCUCCUUCACCCUAACCCUGGGUUAGAUGAUCCUCAGGUGACACACACAGACACCCCCACACUCACCCUAACCCUGGGUUAGAUGAUCCUCAGGUGACACACAGACACCCCCUCACUCACCCUAACCCUGGGUUAGAUGAUCCUCAGGUGACACACACAGACACCCCCACACUCACCCUAACCCUGGGUUAGAUGAUCCUCAGAUGACACACACAGACACCCCCUCACUCACCCUAACCCUGGGUUAGAUGAUCCUCAGGUGACACACACAGACACCCCCUCACUCACCCUAACCCUGGGUUAGAUGAUCCUCAGAUGACACACACAGACACCCCCUCCUUCGCCCUAACCCUGGGUUAGAUGAUCCUCAGAUGACACACACAGACACCCCCUCCUUCACCCUAACCCUGGGUUAGAUGAUCCUCAGAUGAGGCCCUUUGCCGUUUCAGGCCUCCAACAUCUCAGGGGAUGACCAACAUGUACUGUCAGUGGUCUCUACCACCCAGACCUUCAGCCACUAUUUACUGUGAAGGUAGGCCUAUUGGAUGCUUUAAUAAGUCCAUUAUUGUAAACAUUUUAAAUGUCCACCAAGAAUCGCCGUCAUACCAUAUUGUAACAAAUGUCUUGCACUUUCUGUUCCUCUUGCGUGAUCGCUAUUCAGUAAAAUGUCUCCACUUGAGCACUUUAAGGGACUGAAGUAGGCCUUUUGGUGCUUCGCUUUGAUGUUUCUAAACAAGGAUGUCCAAGCCUUAAGUACCUAGCCUUGAGGACCUAGCCUACAGUACCUAGCCUUGAGGACCUAGCCUUGAUCCUUGAGGACCUAGCCUUGAUCCUUGAGGACCUAGCCUUGAUCCUUGAGGACCUAGCCUUGAUACUUGAGGACCUAGCCUUGAUACUUGAGGACCUAGCCUUGUAGGAGUCACUGGUUGUAAAUAUAAAACCUGAUGAGAUUUGCAGCUGAUUGUGAUCUUUAAUUCGAAGGUUAUUUCGAAGGUUAAUUCCAUUAUUGAGUCGUUAGGAUCUCUUUGUGAUCAACCAAUGGGAUGGUUUGUAACGUUUUGCACACAUUUAUCGUUGUGUUGAACAUGUUUUUGUUAUUGAAAAGAUGUUUGGGCAGGAAGACAUCAAACAGUCGCUCAUCUCUUUCUUCCUAUCUGUGUAUAGUGUGCUGGGGUUAUUUUGUGCUUUUGUAAAUGUUACUAUGGAUGUGACACUUCAGAGUUUGUUAAUAAAACAAAGUACAAAAAGUUGCGUGCACUCCUUUAAUAAACUUGGAAUAUAAUAUCCUGUAAUUUCCAAAAUUAGCUUUUCAGUCCGCUAGACUUAAGACUAAUUAGACAAGAACACUCAAAGCCUUUUUCUUAAGAGUAAGCUUAAGUAUUUUAUUGAAGCAAUGACAUCCUAUUCAGAAUGCUUUUGAUUUUCAACUCUGUGCAAUAUAAAAUGGUUCUUUGAAAUAUUAUGUUUAGAACAAUACUAUGAAGUACCUCCUACAUAUUAAAGACUCUUAAGGUAUUCAGGAAUCUUAAGAUAGAUAUGAAAAUCCUCAAAAUAAUUCACAGCUCCAUGUUCAAAGAAUGCAGUUCAGUAACUGUUACAUGAACUCCAAACUUAGAAAGAUGGGGAUGUGAAUAUAGGAAUAACAAACGUUUUUAUUUGUAUAAAAUGCCUUACAAAACAUGCAAACAGCUCUUAUGAAAUCUUCGCUCGCAUUAUAUUAAUCUAGAUUAAGGAUAAGUGGUUUGAAGAAAAAAAUAUGAAUGAAGGAAAGAUGAUUUAUGAAAACGUGUGUCACCGUUGUCUCGCUGCUAGUCUCCAGAUAUAGAAACCAUCCCAGAAAUAUACAAGUACUCAACUUAAAGGCCAGGCAAUAUUUAAGGCAAGCGUCUUUCAAAUGGGUUGAUCUGAGGUGCUAUACCCCAGAUCAACUCACCUCACUAAGCCGAGAUCUACUUACCUCACUCAACCCAGAUCAACUAACCUCACUCAACCCAGAUCAACUAACCUCACUAACCCCAGAUCCACUAACCACAGAUCAACUAACCCCAGAUCCACUAACCUCA